CAGGGUCAAUGCACCCAUUGAUGGAGCACAAACUCCGCUCUGGAAUCCCCAUCACGUCAUCGCCGUAUUGUGAGUAUAUAGGCCACUCGCAAAAAACGAAAGGAACUAUAAAUAAGCCACACAUCAAUUUAAUUUACAUCAAGAUGUCGACCGAGGGCGAAUACGAGUCGAUCCUUUGCGUUAAACCCGACGUCAACGUUUAUCGAAUACCACCGAGGGCUACAAAUCGUGGAUACAGGGCAGCAGACUGGAAGCUGGACGUGCCCGAUUGGUCAGGGCGCAUGCGGAUAACUGCGAAGGGGAAAGUGGCCUACAUCAAACUGGAAGACAAAGUCUCAGGGGAGCUGUUUGCUCAGGCCCCUGUCACAGAGUAUCCCGGCAUCGCAGUUGAAACCGUAAGCGACUCCAGUCGCUACUUUGUCCUGCGAAUACAGGAUGAUAAUGGCCGCAGUGCGUUUAUUGGCGUUGGAUUCGCAGACAGAGGGGACUCUUUUGACUUCAACGUGUCUUUGCAGGACCACUUUAAGUGGGUGAAACAAGAGAAUGAGAUCAGCAAAAACCCUCAGGGGGCAGCUUUGGGACCAAAGCUGGACUUGGGAUUUAAAGACGGACAAACCAUCACCCUUAAUAUUGGGCAAGGCAAAAAGAGGGAUAAGCCACGCCCACAGGGGGCAGGUGGGCUCGGUCUCCUACCGCCGCCACCAAAAGGAAAGAUGGCUCCUCCUCCUUCCUCUGCCUUCUCCAAUCACAACACUGUGCCUCAAACAGGAGGCUCAGAUACAGGCUGUUUGCUAGAUCUGGACAGUAGUAACUCCAACACUGUGGUCCAAUCAUCCAACCCCAGCAGUGAUCUUUGGGGAGACUUCUCCUCUCCUGCAAGUUCGCUCCCUCCAACAUCGCGACAAGAGCACACGCCGAAUUGGGGCCAGUUUUGAGUCCACAUCAUCGCCUUUCUCAUUGGUCUCCACCGCUGAACGCAACGCCUCCCUCCGUCGCUACAAACACAGUCAAAGCAAACUUUCCAAGAGACGAAGAACACCAUGUACGUCUAGAAAGUCUUCAUCAAAUCUAAGAAUGGACGUACACUACAAUCUCCUCCCAAAGUAACAAAAAAAAGAAUAAUAAAGUAAUAUUCGGGAUAAUAAUGCAAAUAUUCAAUAUUUGGUCAUAUGAGCUUUAUGGAAGGUCUGCAAUAUAUCCUAAGGGCUAUGAUGAUAGGAUCUUCAGUAGCAGCAAUUUUACAGUACUGUUUUUUACCCGGCAACCUCUUGUUAGUGUUUACCUAAACAUCCCUACAUACUUGAUUUUUAGAGAGGGGAACCCAUAGGGAAUGACAAUCUUUCCCAUAGGGUUUGCCUCUGAUCAUAAUAGGGAACAGCAUUCGUAGCAAAUAAUUGUGAAAAGGAAUGGCUCAGACACUCGCCCAAUUUUUUCCCCUCCCCCGUUCUCCUCAGUGUGCAAUCGUUCACUCCCCCUCAAUGAUUUUAAAGCAUUGGAUGAGCGUAUGCAUUGGCUGGAGGGAAUCGAUCAUAUUCCUUAUGAUUGCAUGCAAACUAUAGGCUUUUUUUGGGUGAAGGGGGAGAACCGGAAUAGGGCUCAUAUUGAUGACCUUAUCUGUUUCCAUUGUACUGACUGCCUCACACUUGGCCUGUUUUAAAGAGGGAAGAGCAUGUAUUCUUGUUAACUUUGCUGCAGAGGACUUGACACAGCCCUCUACAGUCCAUUUGUAAGUAGGUAGUUGUGAUGUAGUGUACAUUGGAUGAAAAUGGGUAAAAAUCCCUACUUGUAAUGAAAAGAACAUACAGUUGAAGUCGGAUGUUUACAUACACCUUUUUUUACAUACACAAGUUUUUCACAAUUCCUGACAU